CGAAGCCCUCAAAGAGAUGCAGUCACUAUUACCAAAAGCCGCGCAAUCGAAAACUAAGGACCCUGCCAGCAGUGAUAGUCCCGAAGCCGUAGGCGAUGCAGACAGCAAAGACACGAAGGAGGACUCCGUGGCGAAGAGUAAUAAUAGCAAAGCCGCGACCGUGGAAUCUGCGAAUGAGUACAUACGAAAGCUGCAGAAAGAGAAUGCUGCCCUUCUCGCACUGAAGCAGGAGAAUGAGGAGAUGUGGAAGAGGCUUCAGCAGCACGAAAGUGGUGGUGUCAACAGCCCUGUCGCAGACAACACAAGCCCUGCCGCUGUUGCUGCGAAAUGAGAACAGAUUAGCUGGGGCGGGCGUUCUUGAUUUUUAUGCGCGAUGCCUGGUAUGACGACGACGAGAAUCAUGUGGGUAGUCUUGAUCAUAGAGCAAAGAGGUCGGGAGGGAAAGCUUAAUGUGUCUAUUCUGAUUCUGCGUGCUGAGCGGAAAUUUGGCGUUGAAUGUCUGGAGUUGGAGGCUUGAAGUGCUCACAGUUAUUUUAUGCGCGCGCGAGAACAAAAUUUGCUUUUCUGGCUGCUAUGGACGUGAAAAUGGGUGGGAUUUUGAAUUGUGAUACCUCGAGCAAGCAAGGCGUUUCUGGGAGGAGACAGAGAGAAAGGAAGAUUGAGAGUUUUAAUGUCGAUUUGUACAUACUCAUGACAUUAUCAUCAAUGAUCCGAAAAGGCUCAAACUACUC